AUGGAUGGCUCACAUCACUCGUCAGCCCCUAACAACAUAACUACCUUAUUCUUUGCUUGCCUCACACAGGACCGCCCCUCAGCGCUAAUGAUGAGGGACUUGCUCACGUGUGCUAUGGACGUAGCUAAGGGCUGUGAGUACCUGGAGGAGAAUCAUUUCAUCCACAGAGACAUCGCCGCCCGUAACUGUCUCCUCACCACUAAGGGACCCGGCAGAGUCGUCAAAAUAGCCGACUUUGGUAUGGCCAGAGAUAUUUACAGAAACGACUACUACAGGAAAGGUGGCAAGGCUAUGUUACCUGUUAAGUGGAUGCCGCCUGAAGCCUUCCUGGACGGCAUCUUUACCUCUAAAACUGACGUCUGGUCCUUCGGGGUGUUGCUGUGGGAGGUGAUGUCCUUGGGUUACAUGCCAUACCCAGGACGAGGUAACCAGGAGGUGAUGCAGCUAGUGACCAACGGAGGACGCCUCGAGCCACCCACCAACUGCCCCGGGCCCGUGUACCGCAUCAUGACCCAGUGUUGGCACCCCAUACCUGACGAGCGGCCCACCUUCACCACCAUACUGGAGCGGCUCGGAUACUGUAUACAGGACCCGGAUGUAGUGAGUCACGUGCUGCCAGUGUUCCAGCGGCCGCCGUCAGCUGAGCGGGACGCGACGGUGAUGCGACCGCUGGACAACGACUCUUGUCUCACUGUAUCGCGACGCUCCGACGAGCCUCAGAGUCCCGCGUCCACCGACUACCUGAUCCCCCUGCCAUCCUCCUACUCCCUCUCCACAGUUCGCUCUGAACUGAACUCUACGCCCUCUCUGGACUCUGGCACAGACUGCUGUCAGAUGGAAAGGCUCUUGGACGCCGCCCCUCCUCCUCCUCCACCACCCACCUGGGAGACCAGCUUCACCAACGAGCCCCCGCCACCUGCCGCUGUCACCCAUCCGCGCAACAAGCCAGUGCCCCCGCCCACGAGUAUGGCCUCACGCACGCCCUCACACACACCCUCAAGGAUGGCAGAGUCUCAGUCCACGCAGCCAUUGCUCAAGUCUUCACCCCCCGGCUCCCCGCGCUCACAAGAGGCCCGUGAGCGACUCAUGCGCCCUGGCGAGCGGCCAGAACCCAACCCCAUGAUACCCAUGCAGACUGUGGGCGCCACGCGGGACCGCCCACGUUCUCACCACUACCACCCACAUCGUUACAACAACAGCGGCAGUAGUAACAACAGCAGCAGUAGCAACAGCAGUAGCACCAACAGUAGCAACAGCGCGAACAGCAACAGUAGCGCCAGUACCCUGCCUCUGGACCCCACCGCCCUACCCUGCAUCCCGCCGCCCCUGCAGUACGUCAACGUCCAGGUGCGUCACGAGCCCUACAUCAUCCACGAGACGCGGGAACACCGCGAGAUCUCCUGCUAAAGUACACCUGCUGCUGCAUAUGACUACAGCUGCUCUAAGACUACAGCUGCUGCUUCCCUUAUGGUACAGCGCUGCUGUGCCUCCCACCCCCCAGGGUGAUGGCAGACGGUAGGUCACCAGUGUGGGCUCACCUGCCAUCUUACCAGGAUACAAUGAAAUGAAUCGUUCAUUCUUGGAGUUGUUAAUCACUGACUGCUUCAGCCAACCUGUGUGCACGUCCAGGGUGUACACUUAGCCGGACCUCUAGCGAGUACACACAGCCGGUGACAGUGUGCUGGACAAGACUGUGAGGGCGCUUAGGCGAGCUGGCCUUCAGUGCCACUAUCAGGUGGCACUCAGCCGCCACCAGCAACGAAAAUAUAACCUUUGGGAUCUUAGGUGGUGCACAGUGAACUCUGGUGACCCAAGAUCUUGUGUGAAUGUAUUGCAGUGCCAAAUAUAAGAUGAACAGUAUUAACUACUAGUGAAAGCAAAAGUGUAAUGGUAAUUUUUAUAACUUUUGUGAGAGGUAAAAGAUGAUGGUAUAUAGACCAUCUCCCCGGCACCGGCUGUCACAGUGUCGUCGCCUCAUAGACGCUGAUGCGAAGAGUGAAAUUAUGUAUUUAUAUAUAACACUGAUCCUUCUUUACUUAAGGUAAAUGGAGACUUGACCGUCGUCUCCCCAACUCUGAAGACCUCGUGAUCUUCACAUACUAGUUAUAAGGUCGGAAAGACGUGUGAUGUUUAGGUGUAAGGAAGCUCAAGGGGUUGUGGAAAAUUACUUCACACGACGCAUGUAAGGUGUGUCGGGCCGGGUCAUGUGAGGCUCGAGGUACAGCCACACCACCACUACCACACCACUAUCGCCACACUACCACCACGGUACACCAUCACCACCAUCCACUACACCACCAUCCGCCACACCAUCAUCCACUACACCAUCAUCCAC